UCUUGCCUCCGAACGUCACUUCUGUCUACCAGCCCAUGGACAUGGCCAUCCUGUUUGUACUCAAGUGCCAGUACAAGACCGAGAUGUUGGCAAGGCUGGCAGACCUCGUCGAGGACUGGGACACCGUCCGUGCACGAAAAAUCCAAAGAGGGUGCUGGGGCCUCAGCGAUGCAAGACAGGCGACAAUGCUGGACGUGACGGAGAUCUAUUCCCAGAAGUGGCGUAGCUUCGACGUUCAGACGGGCAUCAGGUGCUGGCUCAAGGCUGGCAUUCUUCCCAGGGAGCACUGCAAUGUUCUCAAGGGCAUGGAUACGUGGCUGGACCGAGAGGACAAGGACGACGCGGCAAUCAUCGACGGCCUUUGUGACAUGGUCUCAAACAUGUCGAUGCCAGCUAGCGUAAUGGACUAUAGGUCCAUGCCGCGAGUGUUGACGGACAAUUUGUUUGUCGAGAAGGGCACAGACCUCACAGAGCAGGUAGUCCGAACGGCGGUCAAGACGUGGCUUACGGUAAAGGACGACCCCGAGGUGUUAGAAGAGGAUGUGGAGUUGGAACUGCAGGCAGUAGAGAGGGAUCUCACCGGCUUAGAAACGGGCGGCGACGUAUCGAGCGAAGAGGGCGACGGCGACGGCAGGCCGGAGUCGUGCAUAACCUCGUCCCUCAUCGAGGGCGAGGUUAUCUCUCGCUUGCAGGACGUUCGAUCCUAUUUGUACGCGAAGGGAAGGAGUGGCGGGUACCGUGAUACGCAGUACCUUCUUUCGAAGACCGUUCAUUCGUUUACUCAUGAAACUCAACAGAGCCGUAGAGCCAAGCCGCGGGGGAGGUCAGGGAACUCUUCGCGAUGUGUGGAGGGAAAAGCCGUUAGGGUAGCUUGGUCUCCGCCUUAUGUUAAAUGGACUGGUGUUCCUCGGUGCGACGCUGAAAUACGCUCUUUUUUUUUUGUGUUUCACGUGAAUGAGAUAAAUAUAUUUCUACUUGGACUUUCUUCCUUCUUCCGCUGCCAGCGAAGCAAGGAGCUACGGCGCCCAAAGUCGUUCAGCGUUCCAACCCCAGUACUCACGGGCAGGGUGACCGAGUACAACUUCGCGGACAUGCCAAGGAACCCGACGAGCUCUGUUUGGACGGGACAGGGGGGGCCCACGUGGUUCAUUCAACUCAAAGACGCGGCCGUGAGGAUUGGCGCCAAGGUCCACCCCUUGUCGGGGUCCACCCAGCUGGGCGUCCGCCACCGUAUUGUCCCGCCGUCGGCGGAGGCCGCACCGGCGCCGGCGCCGGCGCCCAAGCAACAUCCAAGAUCGAAGUUGAAAGGGGAACGGAGAGGGAAAGUGGCGAAGCCGGAGAUGCCCUCGGCCAGCAAACAGGAGGAAAACGCAAGCAGCAGCAGCAGCAGCAGCAGCAGCAGCAGCAGCAGCAGCAAAAGCAGCAAGCGACCGGCGAAAGUAGAGGCAGAGGCGGGGGCAGGGGCACGGGGGUUAGGCGAACAGAACGAGGAGCCGGGAGUAAAGGCGGACGCGCCUCGGAAGCUCGGAAAGAGGAAGCGCUCGCGGGAAGAGGAGGCCGUCGGGAGGGGGCAGAGCACGGGCGGAGUUUUUUCGGGCGUCGGCAAGAAGGCCGCUCGGGGGAGGGGGGGAGGCCGGGGCGACCGAGCAGGAGUUAAGAGCGGCCGGCGGGCGCGUGAAGGAGCGGCAUCGGUCUUGGCCGCCAGCGCUAGGAAUAGAUUUGCCGGGAAAGGGAAGGCUGCGGUGCGAUCAGCGCUGGGCGCGGGCAUCAAGGAGGAGGAGGACAGCAGCAGCAGCAGCAGCAGCAGCAGCAGCAGCAGUGAUUCGUGGUCGUCGAGUGAUGGGGAAGGCGACCGAAACUGUAGCGACCACCUCGACGACCUUGCCAAGGAGCUCGACGACGACCUUGACGACCUAUUGGAAGGUUUAGAUGGCCACGACAGUGACGGCGAGAGCGAAGACGAACACCGCGACAAGGAUGGUGUUACGUGUGGUGGUGGUGACGAAAGAACCUCCAGGAAACGGCCUCAGCGGUCGUUGAAGAGCAAACAAACCGCUCGGGGGGAGGGAGAACGACACGAAGGCCUAGGCAACACCACCGAGGCCGAACGCAGCGACAGUUUCGACGAUGACGCGUCUUCGUCUUCGAACGAGUCGGCCACUGCCGCCGCGCUGGAGUUUGAGAUGACACCGCUAGCCGGCAACCGAAAGCGAAACCCAGGGGGGACGAGGAGGGUCGAGGCGGUGCCCGUGCGGGAGCGGAGGGUGCGAGAGAAAGCAGCGAAAGAACACAAGAAAAGGAGAGCGGAGGAGGAAGGUUGGGGGGUGGGGAAGGGAGAUGGGAGCGAUGAGGAGGUCGAUUCUGACCUAGAGCAUGAGUUUGCUUGCAUGCUUGAAGAAGAGGAAGGGCAGGACCGCGAGGAUAUCGACGCGCAAGGUGGGAAGGGGCGCGGGGGCGGGAAAUCACCGUCACAGGGUGUAAGCGGUGGCAGUGUCAUUACUAGUAGUUCCUCGGGAGAGGAAUCUGAUGAUGCUCGAGGAGCCAUCAAGGAGUUCCAAGAUUUUCUGACGGGGAUGGAAGGGGGGGGACACGGGCCCAACCAACGGGAGAAAGCGCAGGAGAGGAACUCCGUCGAAACCUCUUCUGAUAGCGCGGACUGCGGUGUUGAUGAUGCCUCCGGGGUUGAAUCACAGGAUGCUGGUGACGAAGAGGCUACCACGGAGUCCCGAGAAAUUUCGAAGGGGGCGAGCCGGGCGCCAGAGGGGCGAGGGGGCGCAAAGGAGCCGGGGCCGGGCGAAACCUCUUCCGAUAGCUCAGACGGUGAAGAUGGCGACGGUGGUCGUGGUGGAAGUGUUGGUGGUGGUUGUGGCGCGUCCAGGAAAGAGCCUGAUGAUGAUGAUGCUGACGAUGAUGAGAAGGCAGUUAGGGAGUUCCAGGAAUUUUUGGACGGGAUGGAGGGCGCACCGGGGACAGAGAGACGAGCGGUCUCAGAGGAGCGGAAGUCCGGCGACACGUCUUCAGAUACCUCAGGCAGUGAAGGCAGCGGCGGUGGUGUCGGUGUUGCGCCGGGGGAAGAGUCCGAUGACGGUGAAAGGGCCAUCAACGAAUCCCGGGAUUUUUUGACGGAGAUGGAGGGAGCACAAGGGGCUCAAGGACGAUGGGGACCUACAGAGCAAAAGUUAGGCGAAACGUCUCCAGAUAGCUCAGACAGUGAAGAUGGCGGCGACGGUGGCGGUAACGGUGGUAGCGCCUCCAGGAAAGACUCUGAAAACGACGAUGGAAACGCGGAAACAAGACGUUUUGGCGAGGUGGAGCCAGUACCAGGGGCGCAGAGACGAGGGAAUGCUGACGAGGGGGAGUUGGGCGCAACCUCUUCGGAUAGCUCAGACGGUGAAGGUGGCAGCGGCCUUGGUAAUGGUGGUAGCGCCUCCAGGAAAGCCUGUGGUGAUGAUGAAAAGGCGGAACCAGGACAUUUUGGACGGGUGGAGGCUGUGCCAGGGGCAUAUGGACGAGGAAACACAAAAGAUCGGGAGUUGGGCGGAACCUCUUCAGAUAGGUCAGACGGUGAAGGUGGCAGCGGCGUUCUUGGUGGCGGUGGCGCCUCCAGGAAAGGGUCUGAUGAUGGUGAUGAUGAUGAGAGAGAGAUUACGGAGUUUCAGAUCGCUUCGAAGGGGAUGGAGAGCGCACCAGGGGCAGAGGGGCGAGGGGGUCCUGAAGAUCGGAAUUCCGUCGAAUCGUCUUCCGAUCGAGCAGGCGGAGGUGGUAGCGCCGAUGGCGGUGGCGGCGGCUCGGGAGAAGAAUCGAAUGGUGAUGAUCAGGCCACCAAGGAAUUCCGGGGCGUUUUGGAGGGGACGGAGGGGGGGCAAAGAGCAGCGGGAAGAAAGGAAACCAAAGAGCAGGAGCUCGGCGAAACCUCUUCAGACAGCGAACACGGUGGCGACGGCGGUGAUAGCUCGGGGGCAGAGUCUAGUGAUGAGAAAGAGGCUGUGAAAGGUUUGCAUGGAAGGGGGGUGGACAGGGGACAAGGACGAGAGGAAACGAAAGAGCGCGGGUCCCGUGGAUCGACGUCAUCGCAGGAUGCAGAGGGUGGGGUUAGUCACAGUGCCCCGGUGGAGGAGUCGGGUGAUGGGCAGGGCGUUGAGGAUUAUUUGGAGGAUUGUUUGAAUGGGAGUGGGACGGAUGACCAGGAGGAGGGGGGCGGAGACAAGGAGGAGGAGGAAGAGGAGCGAGAGGGAGGGCAGGACAAGGAGGAGGAGAGUGGCAACCGGUCGGAUUCUACCUCUAGUAGUUCCUCGGGAGAGGAGUCAGACGAUGAGGUGGUACAGGAGUUUGAAGACUUCAUGGCGCACUUUUGACGCGAGUGAGUCCGGGCGGGGCAAGUAUCGCGAUAUCAUCCAGACUGUACUUGGUUGAGAACGCACAGCCGUAAGGGUUAUCUAGUUUCGUUCGCAGAGCGGGGUGGUGUACCGCUUCUCCAUACAGACAUCGAGACCGCCCCAACGAUCUACGUUGACCUCAUGUUUUCGGAGAGUUGUGUUUGUGCAGAUUCCACACUCGAAGCUAAUUUUCGGAGUUAUUUUUCGGAGAGCUAGAUGUGGAGGUGUUCCGGAAGGCGGCACCUGACCUCGUGUUACCGUUACCGAGAGACCGAAGUAGACCGUCGCACUCCGGCGCCCAACCUCGGUAGCGCUACCGCUGUUCUUGUGUAGCCAAAGCGCGCGUAUGGUUGUUGCGAGAGGGGUCGUGGCACAACAGCGAUACACCCGCGAGCUGCAAGGCUGCCUUUGCGCUAGACAGGCCUGUUUCCAUCAUCGAGCGUUAGUGUUGGUGGAAAGGAGAGAAAAUGAACGGGGGCUGUGGUAGAGAACUACUGUCGUAGGAACGACGCGUUCAAGAGCGGAGGGCCUCGCGCUACUUCCACCUCUCGUUCUUGUGCAGCAUGAACGAUAUAAGAGAAUACCCCGUUUGUGACCGCGGAGCCCGGUUUACCGACCGCUUCUGAGGAAGUCCUGGGCGACGCUUGUAGUUGUUGAGUAGAAGAAUAGGUAGUACAACAGUGUGAAUAGCGAGGGACGUGUAGAUAAUAGGUGGGUUUUGUUGUCCGCCGUUACCA